UGUCACGGCGCCGUGCGGGGCUGGAGCUCUUCGCGCUGCCGCCGCCGCCGUUGUUGCCGCUGUCGCGGGAGCCCGGGAGGGGAGCGGUUCUUCGGCCUCAUCGCCCGCUCUGCCGGCGCGGGAGGCGGUCCCCUCGCCAUGGCCACCAGCACCACAGGCUCCACUCUGCUGCAGCCUCUCAGCAACGCCGUGCGGCUGCCCGUCGACCAGGUCAACUUUGUAGUGUGCCAACUGUUUGCCUUGCUUGCAGCUAUUUGGUUUCGAACCUACCUUCAUUCAAGCAAAACUAGCCCAUUUAUAAGACACGUUGUUGCAACCCUCUUGGGCCUUUAUCUUGCACUUUUUUGUUUUGGAUGGUAUGCCUUACAUUUUCUUAUACAAAGUGGAAUUUCCUACUAUAUCAUGAUCGUAAUAGGAGUGGAAAAUAUGCACAAGUAUUGCUUUGUUUUUGCUUUGGGAUACCUCACAGUGUGCCAAAUUACGAGAGUCUAUAUCUUUGAUUAUGGACAGUAUUCUGCUGAUUUUUCUGGCCCAAUGAUGAUAAUUACCCAGAAGAUCACUAGUUUGGCAUUUGAGAUUCAUGAUGGAAUGUUUCGGAAAAAUGAAGAUUUGACUCCGUCACAGAGGUGCUUGGCUGUAAGACGCAUGCCAAGUCUACUGGAGUAUUUAAGUUACAACUGUAAUUUCAUGGGUAUCCUGGCAGGCCCGUUAUGCUCUUACAAAGACUAUAUUACUUUCAUUGAAGGCAGAUCAUACCAACUGCAACAGUCUGAAGCAAAUGGGAAGGAAGAUGCAAAAUAUGAACAAACGGAUCCUUCUCCCAAUAUAGCUGUGGCACAGAAACUCCUCAUCUGUGGACUGUCCUUGCUCUUCCACAUGACAAUUACAAAAACUUUGCCUGUGGAAUACAACAUUGAUGAUAAUUUCAGAGCUACAGCAUCAUGGCCUGUAAGAUUUUUCUACCUAUACGUGUCUCUUAUGGCUGCCAGACCCAAAUAUUAUUUUGCAUGGACUUUAGCAGAUGCAAUCAAUAAUGCAGCAGGGUUUGGUUUUAGAGGCUAUGAUAAAAAUGGAGUUACACGUUGGGAUCUAAUAUCAAAUCUAAGAAUCCAGCAAAUAGAGUUUUCCACAAGUUUCAAGAUGUUUCUUGAUAACUGGAAUAUCCAAACAGCUCUUUGGCUUAAAAGAGUGUGCUAUGAGCGUGCCACCUUCAGCCCAACGAUCCAAACCUUCAUCCUUUCUGCCAUCUGGCAUGGAGUUUACCCAGGAUAUUAUUUAACAUUUUUAACAGGAGUGCUAAUGACACUAGCAGCACGAGCUAUAAGAAACAAUAUCAGACAGUAUUUUGUUGAAUCUCCUGCUGUUAAAGUAUGUUAUGAUAUUGUAACAUGGAUGGCAACUCAAGUAGCAAUAAGUUACACAGUCGUGCCAUUUGUACUGCUCUCUGUAAAACCUUCCUUCACCUUUUACAGCUCCUGCUAUUUCUGUCUUCAUAUUGCCAGCAUCCUGGUGUUGUUGAUAUUUCCAUUGAAAAGAACUCAAAAAGGAAGUAAAAAGCAUGAAAGUGUCCAGCCUGUGUGGUCCAAAAAGCUAGAAGAAGAGAAUAUUUUGCAAAAGAACAGUUAUUCCACAACAAAUAAUAGUUUCAAUCAGAAGCAAGAAAUAACCUGCAGAUAUCAAGCAUUAAAACAGUGAUCGACGAAAUACGAUGAUGAAUAUAUUUUGUAUGUUUUCAGAAACCCAUUUUUAGCACCUUUUACAGGGGUUUGUAUUUGUUUGCAAAGAUGUUUAGUAAGAAAAGAAUGCAUUACCUAGGAAAAUCACAUACAAUAGCGAGACUGGAAACAAAACAAAUUAACCCCUCCCAUGCCAUGUCCCUGUGGGUCACGCCUUAUAUGAAGAUAUUACCAUUAUUUCAAUGGGCACUCAGGACUUGCAACGUAUGUCCAUAGGGUCAUAUGUGUGCCCUUUGCUGAAUGUACGUUGUGUAUCCCAAGGCACUGAUGGGGUGGAAGCAAAUUGUGUCAAUCUAGGAUUAACAAAUGGAAAUUGAUUUUUCCAAAUGGAUGACUUGCCUUAAACCCUCUAUUUACUGAAAUAUUGUUUGUAAGUGGGUAUUUUCAAGUUUGAUUUUACGUGGAAAGCAUAUUUCAAAUGUACAAUACUAUAUCCUAUUAAGAAGACGAGAAUAGGAAAUGCAGAGUCGUUAGAAGGCUUUUGAAUCUUCAAAAGGGAAUUGCAAUAAGCAUCUCAGUAUUUGGAGGGUUUUCUUAAAGUAUCUCAAACUAUUGCAGUACAUUACAGAACUGUAACAUUACUGAUGCCAAAUUAUAGUUAGGUUUCUUUGAUAGAGUAUAAUUACACAUAGCCCUUCUGAAUGGAUUCAGAAAAAAAAUUAACCACCUGAAGGUUCACCUUUUCCAGGGCUUGCUAGCUCUAAUCUAGGUUUCUCUUACUUCACAGUAUCUAAAACCAAUAAAACACUGCCAAGCAGGCUUUGUAGCUAGGGAAGGGAAGGCAGCCACGGGACACAGAAGACAACGUGCAAGCACCAGGAUUUCAAUGGAAGUGUGUUUUUACCCUUAAAUACCAGAAAUACUUGUUCUGGAGUACAACUGUUUUACAAAAAUAUAUUUUUUAAUACUUAAAGUGGUUUUGAAUUUUCAGGCAUACGGUAGUUAGUCAAUGAUGUUUUCAGUGUACGAUAGCGAAUUACCUUGAGCAUAGGUAGUCAUACAUGACAUUGCUGUCAUAACCAAUUUCUGUAUGCUUGAUAAUUGAUGGCACUUUAUCCAAAGAAGGAUAUGAUUUUGUGGAAAAGCUUUUUCUUUGAAUUAGAACUUUAGAUGCAAAGUUCAUGUCAUGUUUGUAACAUAAUGAAAGAAAGAAAUCCUUCAGAACAUCUGACUUAAUGAAUUGUGGAAGUGUGUUGAGGGAAUAACACAGUGGUUGUAUCUGUUCCAGACCAUUUAUUGUGAUGAUGGUCCCUGCUAGAGUACUACUGUUCAAGGGCUACAUUUUAAUUUCUUAUAUUCUGUAUUUUCAUAUAAUUUUUUUAAGUAAACACAAACUUUUUAUCCACAUGGGGUUUUUUUUUUUUAGCUUUAAAACUGACACAAAAUACUACCAGAGAAAAAUAACACAGCUUGUUGAUUAAUAACCUACAAAUGAAUGAGAAGUUUUGUCAUAAUAUUUUGGACCUUAAAUUUUUUAUCAAAUGUAUGGCAGUAGUAGAGUGAAUAUUUUUAGUACCAGAAGUGCAAUGAUGGCCCCCAGCUUUGGAGACACUACUCUACAAAAACAGUCACAAUGCUUCUGGCUUACUCUUUGAAGAGCCAGAUCUGAAGUCAGGUCAGAGCUGUUUCCAUACUGUGACAGUUCUGUGCCUGGCCUUUGGUUCCUUGUCUAGAACUCCAGGAGCCUGAUGUACCUUUCCCAUAUUAGAUAGGUGAGGACUAAUUAACCUACACAGUUAGAAAUGGGGAACUAGAAAUGAAAUGAAAGUGGAUGAGUCUAUUCAGAUGAGCAGAGAUGUUCAUCGUUUCAUUGACUGCUGUGUUAUCUUUAAGAUAAAAUAAUCUGACUUCUAAAUCCUUACUUUGGUUACCCAAGUAGACCUCCCCUUACCUGGGGUCAUGGUUGUUAUAUGCCUCUUUGAAAUGGCAUUCUGUGUUUUUCUGCUGUUAGUAAGGGCACAGUAUUUUCUUUGUGAUAUCCUUCCGUUAUCUUUAUUAGAUACAGAAUCAGGAAAGACAUUUUUUCUGCUUUUGUUCUUGAAGGGACCUUUACAUAAAAUAACAAAUUAGAAUUUCACAUUUCUGAGUGAGUGGAAUUAGAGUUGAUUCUUUCAGCAUUUGUUGCUGCUGAACUUAAAUUUAUCUCAUUGGUGCAGUCUAAACCUACCCAAACAAGCACUUUUGGAUGCCAGUACAAUACCUGAUGUGCCAUUUUUGCCAUUAAUGUUCUGGCACUCUUGUUCUCUUGUUUCAGCAUGUGUGCCCCUGUGUGUGGUGGAGGCUUACAAAUUCUUCAUUAUGAAAACAGGUGUAAGUACUCCCAGAAAACGAGCACGUUUAGGAUAGUGAAGAGUGGUACUUGGAUGUGAGUGAAUUCACAGAUAGUUUUGUUCAGAACUUCUGUAGGUGGGGAAGUUGAAAGAGCUAAGAAAAUAUGUACAUGUUUUAGUCGGGCACAAGAGGCAACAUAUGGGUUUCAAAAUGGGAUGUGACUGGUGUCUGCGUGCAAUACAAUUAUUUUCUUUAUCUGUGAUUUGAAUCCCUUAAAUAAUUGAAACACAAGAAAAUUGUUACAAUUAAUAUUGUGCAGAAUUUAUUUCUAAGUGUACUGUUCUAGCAUUUACACUUCAAAUGUCAUUGCUGAAUAUAAAAGAACUUUGAAUCAAAAUCUGCUCUUCAUGCAAAUGAAUACUCUUGGCGACUAUGGAAAGAGGAGUGGUAAUUUUACUGGCAGCACUCUGAUUUUAGUCAAACUGGGGUUUUGUUGUUGUUGCUGCUUUCCCUUUGCUUUACUAGUUUUCUGCCUUGCCAUCACACUGGAUCCUUUUUAUCUGCUCAGUCGGAAAGUCAAGAGCAGCCAGCCCCAAUGAUUUAGAUAAUUUUUAGGUUUUACACACAUCAGUUUAUAAUAGUGAAUUUGAAAGGGUGGUGGUGACUUGCUGUUGCUCUUGCUGAUAAAAACAGUAGAAAGUAAAUUUCCUAGAAAUGUUUUGAGCAUGAAGGAAAAAUGGUUUUAAGUAUUCUUUCACUUAUUAACUAAUGUACAUCCAAUAGGUAAAAGUGACUUCUGUGUUACAGAUCAGCACACUAUGAGGAGUAAGUACAACACAGAGUUCAUAAUUUUAUGGUGCUUUACAGAUAUUUGCCUCUUGUGAACAAUUCUUUCUGGCACUUAAUGAGUUCAUGUUAGUACAUGUGGUCACCCGGAUAGUAACUAUUCGCUUGCUUAACCUUUUUUAACCUUUAUGAUUCUGUAUUAAUGAAAAAGAUCUAUAUUAUAUAUUUAAAUAAUACUACUACUACUGUUGUUGAUUGGGAAGGCUCUGUUAGCUUUACAGUUACAGGUACACCCUUCUUUGGGAAACUUACUCCUCCAUGGCCAUCCUUUAAGUUGACAUGUAGGCAAGAUUUCAGUAAUAGGUGACAUUUACAAAUACAUUACCAUGUAAAAAUAUUGGUAUGCAUUUCAGUGUGCUCUUGAUAACAAAUCGUACUUUAAAAGAAUUCACUUUGUAUAUUCUCUGCUCUACACUGACUUGUGGUAUGAGUUUUACCAGUACAGUAUAUUAUUUAUUAGACAAUUUUUACACCUAAAUAACUCAUUGUGGUCUCUCCAUGUGGGAGUAAGUGACAUGAAUAUAAAUGCUAUGCUUAUAUGACAGGAUGCACACUAGGUAGUUGUGUCUCUUUUGAUGGCAUUGAUUUGGUUAGUGGUAACAUGCCCUCUGAUGCAGAGAAAAUCUUCCUUCUCAUCUCUCAAAAAAUUCCUAUAAAAAAUAAGUUUGAGAGCCUGAUUUUUUUUCUUGGAAGCUUUGCAAACAAAUUGUUGACAAUUUGUUUAAAUACAUGGUCAAAUAUGUCCUCAUGUUUGCCUGCAAAUGUGUCACUGUUGCUCACAUAUAAACUUGCAUAUGUUCAACUUUAUAAGUUGGCCUUGAAUGAUAAAUUUAAAAGCACAAGUUACAGUAAUAUAGGCUUUCAUUUCCCUUAUCCUUAAGUCUUUCACUUCAUAAUUCUCACUGAUUUCUGAAAUCAAGUUGAGAAUUGUUUUCAGUGAAAAUCUGGAAACAUUGCCGUUUCUCUUGAACUAGUCAGUGUUAUAAAAACAGAUGGAAGUAAGUUUAAGGAUUUGAAUAUGAUGCAGAUUCCACAUAUUAAAAAAAACAUAUAUUGGUUCUGUGCAGAUGGCUCACAGCAUUUUGCUACACCAUUAGCCUUUAGGUUUUCUUUCGGUCCAGCAAUAUUCUUAACAGCACUUGGGAAUGUUUUUAAAUUUCCUGUUGAAAAUACCAAUUGGCUGUAAGUACAGAAAGUUAAGCGAGUAUUUACAUGCUAUGCUGAAUGAGUAUUUAAGUGGAUAUUGUAGUGAAUUGAGCACAUGUUUGUUAGGCUGCCAGAUCUGUCUGGAUCUAAGCUAGUUUGCACUGUUAGUCUUGAUCUUCUUCAUAGUCAUAGUGGAAAAGCUUUCUCUGAAGAAGCCUCUGGUAAGAGUAUGUCCUGUCAGUGGCUGGGAAGGUUUGCCCCGGAGUUCCUAGGGGAGGGUUCCUGGGGUGGAGCUAAACUUGCAAACAGAGCUUGACAGAGGAUUUAGUUUCUUGGUACCCAGGCUGCAGCUGCUUUAUGCUAUAUCUAGCUGGAUUUUUCAUGUGUUUGCUUUCUUAACCUAGACGUCUUGCAAACACCAUGAAGUCCAGACAUCCACAAAGUCACCCUGCAAGGUCACAACUGCAAAUAUUAUGGUCAAAAUUAAAUGGAAAAAGAAAAGCUUGAAAAGUUGUUUUUAGGUGAGCUUUUUGUAUGUUUUUUACAGAACCUAACCAUCAUCUGUAUCCAUUUUAACCCUAUGAAAUAUUUUAAACAUACUUUUGCUCACUUUAGGUAUACAAAUGUGCAAAAGCAAAUUCUGUCACAUCAUCAUCUUCUGUGCGUUAGUUGUUUGUCCAGUGACUUAAUGCUUGUUUUUUGUUAUAGAUGUUUGGAGAUUUUCUAAAUCCAUGUGCAUAUCCAUAUAAACAUUGUGUAAACUUUAUGAAUUGACAAACUGUAGUUACAUAGAGUGUGCAUAAAUACACUUGAACUAUGCCAUAUCAAUAUUUACGUGAGGCUAGUACUGAGCCCUCCAGUUGUACACCACAUCUGCUGAAGCCUGUUGGGCCCUAUUCUCAACUGGCUUCUUAAACUGAAAAAAUUAAUCUGUUGGCUACAAUUUCAGUGGUAAGUAAAGGGCUGCUUUCACUCUAUUGCAAAACAAACUUUUACAGGAUAUUCUGCUGCCAGGCUAUGAAUACAAAAUUUGCCUUUAGAUACAUGACUGAUGUCUGAGUUAGGGCCACUUUUGGAAAUAACUUUUAAUAUUAAUAGUCAGUCAGUCCCGCACCUUAUUCCAAAUGAGCCUCUUGGCAAAAGACACCUGUGCACAAUCUUCUUCUUUGUUUUUGUUCUCUGAGGAAGAAAUACUCUAAGCUGGAAUUUCAUUUAGGUUCCACUACAAGAUGUGGUAUGUAUAGACAGCUGUGAUCUGUGCUUUAGUGGGAUUAGGCUUCCAAACUGUGUCUAUGUAGCCUGAAAUGGAAAAAAGAAACAGUGUUCCUAGAGACUGGUCAUCAGGAUAGUGCAACACUACAUCUUAAAGGUGCAACAGUCUUUUGUCACAAUAAGUUAAGGAGUAUUUGCCUAUACAUAUUUUGCCUUUCUAUGUGUUUAUCGGUUCUCUAUACAUCUUUUCUUUGUACCUUCUUUUGUCCAGUGGUGUUGACUAUUUCUAUGAAGAAUCUUCUGAUGUGUCUUACUGUGACAAAGGUGUCAAAAUGCUACAGUAGUUAUUAGGUAGUUAUUCUGAAAUCACAGAUGUUGGAUGUGUUCUAGAUCAGUUAGAAGAGAACAUUCAAAAUUUAUUGAAUGAAAAUAGUGUAAGAUGGGUAAAUAUAGCAUUAUUCAAAGGUGUUGUAAUAAGUUAUUCAAUUUAAGGAUUUAAAAUAUGGAACUUUGUUCUUUCCUGCCUUGGUGACACAGUCAAGGGAAUAGUUUUACCUCAAUGCAGAAUUAGUUAUGCCUCCAACUACCCACAUGUUAAGGUGAGAAAAUGCCCCUAAAAGUGGAUAGCUACAGUAUUCCUAAAUUUGCCUUUCCUGGUUCAGAUGAUAAUGCAUUGUCGGUGAAUUUCGUUUUUAUUAUUCCAAAAUAUAUAUUUUUUAAAAAGUGUUAUUUUUCAACAGAUCCAUAAACUAAGUGUUGAUGUAUGCUAAAAUUAAACUACCACUGUUAGUUACACUGUGAUUGUGAUAUUUUAAUAAUUCCUUAUUUCUAAUUUGUCUCAGCAGUGCUGCAGAAGCAGCACGCUGUUAUGUUUUAAAGGUGUUUUUAAC